CCACCAGCGGUCUCGAGGCAGAGAGCGGCAGGCGAGGCGGCAGCAGCAGCAGCAGCCACGGCGAUGGCAACCACAGCAGCAGCGGCGGCGGCGGCGGCGGCGGCAGCAGCAGCAGCGGCGGCGCGGCCCACUUCAGGUCUCCAUGGCAACAGAGCGUGAACGUGUUCGGCUCGUGGAGCAGGCCGGAGUGUGUCGAGGAGCUGCACCAGCAGGCGCAGCUCAACCUCCAGAGCCUGCUGCAAGAGUUUGAGGAGCAGUUGUACGACACCAAGCUGACCGGUCAGACGUUCCGGCAUCCGUCCUCGCAGAGCUCCGACGACACGUCCACCUCGCUGAGCCGCUCGCCCGUCUCCCUCAACAGCAAGAGGCCCGACUUCAUCUUCCUGCCGGCGUCCAAGCAGCUCUACGAAGAUGAAACCGCCUCCUCGGUGUUCGGCCUGAGGUCCGUGACCGACCCGUCUCCCUCCCCGUCCCCGUCCCCCUGCAGCUCGGACCGCCCCCCGCUGGGCUGGAGCAGCAACAACAGCAGCAGCAGCACCGCCACGUCCGCCACCACCGGGCCGCCCGUCGCCGAGAAGCCCCGCUGGCACCUGGGAAGACGCACGCCGGCCCAGUUCAUACCGCUCGACGUCACAGGUGAAGGGGGAGGAGUGAAAUUCCACGGCGUCGACCUCCUCCAGCACUCCCCGUCCCCUUCCCCCUUUCCUGGGGACCCCUUCCCCCACCAGCCCCACUCCCUGGAGCCCGUCACCGACACCCCCCACCAGGCCCUGCCGCUGAGGAAGACGCACUCUGACCUCGACACAACCUUACCUACAGAUAACAGUUUGGGGCAGCGGGCCCCGGACCAUCUCCACCCAGGAACUAUGGACCACUCUGGGCUGCUGUGCUCAAACACGCCCUCCGCCUCCUGGAACGGACCCAAGGGCUCCACCUUUUCUCCCGGAGCGUGGAACGAGCCUUACAAUUACAGCAUGAACAAAGGCCCAGCGGUCCCGCCCAAGCAGCACACCAUCAUCGGUGGCUCGGGAGGCGGGACGCAGGACGGGGUGAUGCUGGUGGGCUCGGGACAGUCGGUGAGCUCGCACUCCAGCUCCUUCACGUCGGUGACGGACCCCUCCGGGAGGACGGGGAACAACGUGCCAGGGAUUUCGCUGGCGGCGGCGAUGAUGGGGAAGCGGAGCGAGACAGAAGGAGCUGCAGCCGACGGAGGGAGGGGAGGAGGCGGGGGAGUCGGGGAGGUGGGGAGAGGCCGGGAGAGGUCGGCACGUUCUUUAGCAGCUCAGAACGCCUUCAAGUUCCGGGAGCGUUCCCUUUCCACGCCCACAGAUUCUGGCUCCUUCUGCUUUGCGGAGGGCGUCAUCGGCCAGACGGACGGUCACAUCACAUCUGCAGGGAACGGAAACACGAUGGCAGCAAACCACCACCAGGAGCACCACAACUUUCUGGGUCUGGGUGAGAACUACGCCCUCUUAUACCCGAGAGGCAGCUCCGAGGACAGCACCAGCACCGCCGACACCAUCUCCGUCACAGCCUCAGACUACAGCACGGAGGGGCGUUUGCGCCUGCGCUCCCGCUCCAUCUCGCUCAAGAAAUCCAAGCGCAAGCCGCCGCCUCCUGUGAGGAGCGUCUCCCUCAUGAAAAACCUCGGAGAAGCCGAGGGGAGAAUCCACCACGAGGGCAGUCUUUACCGAGAUGGCCGGCCGAAGAGCCUGCACAUCCCCAGGGACCACUUCCCAGACUUCCAGCCAGAUUUCCUUCUGCCCAGCUCGUCAUCUAAACCCAGCGUUGUUGAGCGGGAGCUGGGCCACGGAGGGAAUGACGGACCUCCGAGUCUGGAGGUCCAGGCGCCAGACAGGGAGGCAGAGACAGAGAUGACCUUCCCCACUCACUGGCAGCUGGGGGAGUGGAAGAGCAAUGACCCCUACAGGUCUCUGUCUGGCUCCAGCACAGCAACAGGUACCACGGUGAUUGAAUGUAUGAAGGUCAGAGGAAGCUCCGAGUCCCUUCUCGACUCUCCAUCCACCUCCAGAGCCACGUCGCCCUCGCAGCUCUCCAUGGAGACCGACAUCAAGGCGUCGUCGCCCUUCAAACCUCCAGGACUCAUGUCCCCGUCUAGUGGCUACUCCAGUCAGUCCGAGACUCCCACCCCAACCGUUCCUCUCAGUCAGGUGGCCGGCACAGUCGGGACGACCGGGUGUAAGAUGCGUCCCAAGAUCCCAGAGAGGAAAUCAUCGCUACCAUCACCCAAGGACCCGGCGGCGAGGUCGAGGUUGUCCUUUGAAAUGCCCGGGAAUGCACAUCUGGAGCUGUCUUCAAUCAAGCCAAAGCAAAAGGCCAGCAGGCGGCACUCUGACACCUCAACGGCAGCGAAGCCGGGAAAAAUCAGUCCCAGUUCGUCGCAGGCGUUGCCUAUGGUUACCCAGAACGAGCUGAAGACUGUUCGGCUCCGCUCGGUUUCUCGUGGCGACCUGGAGGACUGUCCUGACGGAGCCUCUGACACCAUCGAAGAAGAACAGCACGGCCGAGACCUUGGCGACAACCCCAGCCCACCUCCCACUCUACCAAAACCCAAACCGCCUGUUGCCGUCAAGCCUCCUCUGCCCAAACGGCCCAUAAACCUCCUCCUCAAGUCCCCCUCUCCCUCCUCCACCUCCCCCCACGCCCUCGAGUCUCCCCCUGCCUCACCUGUGGACCGGCCGGUGCCUUUAGGCAACAUCUACAAAGUCAUGAAAAAGCCGAAACCCAAAAAACCUCCACCGCAAGCUCCAACGAACCCGGCCGUUCUCCCAGAACUAAACUCUGCCCCACAGACUGCAUACGACCACCCCUUCCUCCCCCACUCCCAGUCCCUCUUCGACCUCCCUCCUCUCCCGGACCCCCAGCCUCUCCUGGAAGACCCGGUGCUGGAGCCUGAAUUUGACGUCGACGCAGAGAUCCGUCUUGGGCCUGAGGACGGAGGCUCCCUGCCUUCUCCCUGCAGCAGCCAGGAGGCUCCGGAGCUCCAGGACAAGAGCAAGACCCUCCCCUCAAGGAUGACAAUCUCCUGCCUGGCAGAGCUGUCAGACAAAAAGAAACCCAAG